AUGGCACUUACUGAGGAGUGUAGUGAGAUACUUCAAAAGAAGCUACCUCAAAAGCUUAAAGAUCCUGGUAGUUUCAAUAUUCCAUGCUCUAUAGGGGGUUCAGUAGAAACAAAGGUCUUAUGUGAUUUGGGGGGUAGUAUAAAUUUAAUGCCUCUAUCUAUUUUUGGAAAGUUAAAAUUCAGAGAGGCUCAACCAACUACCGUGUCUUUGCAAAUGGCAGAUCGUUCAUUAAAGCAUCCGAGGGGUAUUAUUGAGGAUGUUAUAGUAAAGGUAGACAAAUUCAUUUUCCCUGCAGAUUUUAUUAUUCUUGAUAUAGAGGAAGAUGAAAAUAUUCCCAUUAUUCUUGGAAGGACAUUUUUAUCAACUGGUAGGGCCUUAAUAGAUGUGCAAAAAGGUGAACUGAAGUUGCGAGUGCAAAAAGAAGAGGUAACAUUUAAAGUUUUUGUAGAAAUGGAGGUUCCAAAUUGUUGUAGAGUUGGUCUGGUGGAAAAUGAGGGUGAUAAGCUGGAAGUUACUAAGAAGAAAACUAUGGUGAAUGGUGGAAAACGAGCAGUUCGUCAGAAAGUGAAAAGGAUAUUUAGUGAGAAAGCUCGAUUGUGUUCAUGA